AAUUAACACCAGGGGGCAGAAGUGACACAUUUAACAACAUACAACGCAAUCCCAGGAAGAAGUCACACCCGGAAGUGGGUUCUGCUAUGUUGCUGUAAAGCGGGAAACGCGGUUCGACAAACGGGAUGAUGGCAUCCAAAGAGCAAGAUGUCACCAAGUACAGCAUCUCGCCAGUUCUCUUCAUGACUUUGGAAGGAGAGCCCCUGGCCUUUUACCUGCGUCCAGGCCCUCUCAAGCGCAAGCUCCAGCCUCUCAUCAAAGCCGGGGGAGGCAUUAUGUGCGGCUUCCAGACGCCUGGAGCAAUUUUGCUAAGCGACCCUGAAGAAAAAGGCACUGUUAGUGAAAGUACAGCUCACUGGUACGUGUCCAUCCAGUUUAUCAACGAUUGUGCGGAGAAAAAUGAACUUCUGAACCUCGAGGACUACAGAAUGAAAGGUGGAACGGCCCAGAUGCGUUCUCCAAAUUGUGAUCGCGAGGCGAUGUCUCACGCUAUUUCAGGAGGCAGGCAAGCGUACAGCCCCGGCGACGACGUCGCCAUUCUGAAUUACGUCAGACGGCGCAAGUCCGAAAUUAAGGGCAACCGUCUCUGGCAGCAGAUGGAAAAGGAGCGCGUGACCGCGCACAGUUGGCAGUCAAUGAAAGCCCAUUACAAAAGUUACCUGGCGCAGAAACUGUCAGAAGACGUCGAGGAGGUGGAAGCGGUCCGAGAAGACGCCAAGAUCGAUGAUGAGAAAGCUGAAGUGACCGACAGCUGUGAAGAAGAUGAUUUACUUCCUCAAACACAACGUGAACCACAAGACCCUUCGCAGACAAGCUCUGCUGAUGAGCUAACACAGAACAACGAGAAAGCUGAAGUGACCGACAGUCCAUCCUGUGAAGAAGAUGCUCCUCUUCCUCAAGCAAAAUGUGAGCCACAAGACCCUUCACAGAAAAGCUCUGCUGAUGAGCUAACACAGAUUGACACACUCUUGCCAGCUGAGAAAGGACCACUGGGUGAUGUCCAAGUUCAAACAUCCGUCCCUCCCCAGCAAGAGGAGAUCUUGAACCUUCCCGGAGACGAAAUCCCACAAGCAGCAACUCCUGAAGCAGAAAUUUGCGGCCCCUCAAGUUCCGAAAAGAGCGCUGAAGGAAAAUCAGACCAGCUGCUACCAAAGACAUCGUCUCAGAAUGAACAAACACCGGAGAGCACAGCUAGCAACCUGUCAGCGUCCCAAAGCGAUUGUUCAACUUGUAAUGGUGAAUCGCAGCCUGUGUGUGUGCCCCGCCACUCAUUGCACGGCUCAAUGCAUACAAAGUUUGAUAAUUCAGAGCAACUACCGUAUACCUCAAAGCUCCGUUCAGCAGCUUCUGUCAGGCUCCAGCUGCCAACCCCGCCGUCCCCAAGAAGAACCAGGUCAGCCUUGUCCUCUCUUAAAGAAGAAACCGGAGAGGCAGCGCCGCCUUGUAAGAGAGCGAAAGGAGAAAGCUUAACCGAAACAGCAGAGGAAGGAACAGCAAUAGUAGAAGAAGCGGCAACAGCAGGAGAAGUAGAAAAAGUACCAACAGUAGAAGACGUUGAAGUAGAAGAAGAAGCAGAGAGCCAACAAGAGGAUGUCGAGCAGCCUCCUGCCACACCACAAGCAGGUCCAUCUCAUGUCAGCCCGCCAAUAGAGUAUGAACCAAACCAGACAAAAAGGAAGAAGAGGAAGCGAGGAAUUAUCAUGAGGGGCAUAGAAGAAUUUUUGAGAAGCUCUGGUGACAGCUCCAGUGACAGCUCCAGUUGCAGUUCCUGUGACAGUACCAGUGACAGUGAGCAACAUUGGAAUGUUCCACUUGUGGCAAGAAGAAUCACAAGUUCUUCCUCCAUCCCUCAGUCCAGUGAGGAAGUGUUCCAUACGCCGUCCUCAGUGGUGCCGGAAUCACUGGCCUCCGUGGAUGUUUGUCUAGCUCUGCUUGACAUCGCCCCACCUGAAGGAGAACUUGGAGUAUGUAAGACCCCGCCUCAGCGCCGUCUUUCUCUGGGACCAAGCAGCCCUGUGAGGGCGGCGUCCAAAGCUCAUGUGGAUCAUGAGUCUUCUGACGAAGAGGUGGUCCCACCGGAGCGAGUUCUGCUUGAGGAGGACAAGUGGCGCAUCAGAGAGUUGAUGAAUCAGACAAACCAGGACUUGGUGUCCGUCACUAAAGCCUUGCUGAAGACCAGCGGCGACUUCCUGGCUGCCUCACGCCUGCUUUCGGAUCCGGCGUCCCUCAGCGUACCGAUUUGGAACCGCCAAGACGACGGCUUCUUACUGUCAGGUGACCCCGCUGAUAUCCUGUUGCUACAGGAGAAGUACGGUGAGGAGGAUGUGACUAAGCGGAUGGUGUUCCUUAAUGUAGAGCGGUGAAAAUGUUGUUUUGGGCAUUCCUGAUGUGUAUUUACGCGAUUUUACAUGUUUGAUACUCCUUUUUACCCUGAAUUUACCUCUGAAUGUUUAAAAGUUGUUCUAAAUAAGU